AACACCAUCUUACUUUCCCCAUAGCAAAACCCUAAUCCUCAUUUUCUGCAAAAACGAGAGAAAACGAAACAGAGAGAGCGAGAGUAUCUGCGAUUCAAAGAUGGUGCAGCGUCUCACAUACCGGAAACGCCAUAGCUAUGCCACCAAAUCCAAUCAACACAGAGUCGUCAAAACCCCUGGUGGAAAGCUGGUUUACCAGACCACCAAAAAGAGAGCUAGCGGACCUAAGUGCCCUGUUACUGGCAAGCGAAUUCAAGGGAUUCCUCAUUUGAGGCCAACGGAAUACAAAAGGUCAAGGCUGUCUAGGAACAGGAGGACGGUUAACCGAGCUUAUGGGGGUGUAUUGUCUGCUGGUGCUGUCAGGGAGAGGAUUAUUCGAGCUUUUUUGGUUGAAGAACAGAAGAUUGUGAAGAAGGUUUUGAAAAUUCAGAAGACAAAAGAAAAGCAAGCUGGAAAGAGUUGAAAAUCGGGUUUUUGAAUUAUGAUGAAGAAAGUUUUGAGUAGUUAUGCGUUUGGAAGAAAUUUCUCUCUUUUUUAACACUAUAGUUAUAAAUUUUUUGCAUACUUUUGUUGAAGUCAUGGAUUGAUUUUGAAUUCCAAUGAAUUUGUUAUUUUCAGUUGAUUUUAA